UAUCCAUCACAGUUAGUCAUUGCGACGGCGACUUUUUCUCUCAAUCUUACUUCCACCUGGUGCUGGCGCUUCAUUUCAUACUUUCUGCUUUUUGACUUCACCACGUUCAUUCUCUGCGAUCAUCCCACAUUGUAUCUUUUGAAAUGCCCAGCGAAGUAUAUGAAGACGGCGUGGCGACUCCGGCCUCUGCCAAGGUAAGCAAUCUCACCUUGACUGAGUCCGCGCUCGCAACGCCUGCUUCAGAAAAGGGGGAUGACUUGGCUGCCCACAACUGGGGCAUCCCCGACGACUAUCUACUGCCCAAUGGCUAUCCUGAUUACCUCCGAUUGAUCUUAACCUCUCGUGUCUACGACAUUAUCGACGAAACUCCUCUCCACCAUGCCGUUAACCUGAGCAAUCGCCUGGAGUGCCGUGUGCUUCUUAAGCGAGAGGACUUGCUCCCCGUUUUCAGUUUCAAGCUUCGUGGAGCAUACAACAAGAUGGCUCACUUGACACACGAGCAACGGUGGAAGGGUGUUAUUGCUUGUUCUGCUGGAAACCAUGCGCAGGGUGUCGCCUACUCUGCCCGUCACCUGAAGAUCCCCGCCACCAUCGUUAUGCCCUCGGGCACCCCCGCCAUCAAACACCUGAACGUGGCCCGCCUGGGCGGAAGCGUCGUUCUCCACGGUGAAGACUUCGACGCGGCUAAGGACGAAGCAUACCGCCUGCAGCAAGAAUACGGUCUUACCAGCAUCCCUCCCUUCGAUGACCCUUACGUGAUCGCUGGCCAAGGAACCAUUGGUAUGGAGCUCCUGCGCCAGGCCAACCUGCAAAAGCUCGAGGCAGUCUUCUGCGCUGUUGGUGGCGGAGGCCUAAUUGCCGGAAUCGGUGUUUAUCUCAAGCGCAUUGCGCCCCACGUCAAGAUCGUCGGUGUUGAAGCUCAUGAUGCCAACGCCAUGGCUCAGUCUCUAGGCUCUGGAUCCCGCGUGUUUCUCAAGGAAGUGGGGCUGUUCGCCGAUGGCGCGGCGGUCAAGUCUGUUGGAGAGGAGAACUAUCGGCUGGCCCGCGAGGUCGUCGACGAGAUUAUCCAGGUUUCGACUGAUGAGACGUGUGCUGCUAUCAAGGAUGCCUUUGAGGACACUCGGUCUAUCAUUGAGCCGGCCGGUGCAUUGGCUCUGGCCGGUCUCAAGAAGUACGCCACCAUGUAUCCCAGCCCCGAUACCAACCGGGAACUUUGCGCUAUCACUUCUGGUGCGAACAUGGACUUUGACCGUCUGCGAUUCGUCGCUGAGCGUGCUGCUCUGGGUGAGCGCAAGGAGGCUCUUCUGAGCGUCAACAUCCCCGAGAAACCGGGCGCAUUCGCCAGACUCGUCGAAGUCAUCCUUCCUCAUGCAGUCACUGCUUUCAGCUACCGAUAUGCGCACGACGCUUCGGCCGAUGUUCUUAUGGGUAUUUCCUUGUCUGCUUUGACCGGCCAGGAUGAUUUGGCCAAGAUCAUGACUCUACUCGCAAAGGAUGGUAUGAGCGUCAGAGAUUUGAGCGACGACGAACUUGUCAAGCGACACGUGCGCUUCUUGGUCGGCGGACGUAGCAACGUCCAGAACGAACGGUUGUUCAUGUUCGAGUUCCCUGAGCGUCCUGGUGCCCUGGCCAAGUUCUUGACCACUCUUCGCCCCAACCAGAACAUCUCCUUGUUCCAGUACCGCAACUACGGUGGUGAUGUCGGAAAGGUGCUUGCUGGUAUCCAAUGCCCUGAACCUGAGAAGGAGGAGCUGGAGGCUUUCCUGAAGGACUUGGGAUAUCCUUUCAGCGAGCACACCGACAACCCCAGUUAUCACACCUUCCUUCGUGGUUGAGAGAUUCUUUCUAAAUUACUGAUAUUUUUUCGUGCUGACUUGCGAGAAUGCUUAAUGAGGGCUUUUCAUUGUGGUCUUGUUGUUUCCUUGGCGUUUUUAUUGGGCAUAUUGUCGAUAGAGCAGGUUUGUUCUUGAUUAGUGUAGGUAUGCUAGGCAUCAUUCCGUACAUAGACUUCGUAAUAACAUCAUU